CAUCGCUUGGCGACAAACUAUGCCAUCAUGGCGGCGCUUGUUGUGUAAAGUGCUAGCGGAGUGUGUGAUCAACAUUAAACAUGUAGUACAUUCACUGUGAUUGGUUUGCUGCCAUGUAUUUGCAGAAGAUAAAUAAAAAAUGACAGAUUCAAAAUCUACAUCGAAGCUGGGGGGUGGGGAGAAGAAUUUAAUUGUAGCUUUAAGGAUACGACCUAUGGCAGAAGAUGAAAUUAUCCAAGGGGCUAAUCCUGCUGCAUAUAAAGUUGAAAAUAAUAUGGUCGUGUUGUUGGACCCAGCAGAUGACCCUGACGAUGUGCUCAGGGUCAACAGGUCCAGAGAGAAACAGUUUGUCUUUGAUUGUAUUUUUGAUGGCAGCUGUUCUCAGGAGCAUGUGUAUGAAGAGACAACAAAGUUUCUUAUUCCAAAUGUGACAAACGGGUACAAUGCCACAGUUUUUGCUUAUGGGCCAACAGGUGCUGGUAAAACCUACACAAUGUUGGGAAAGGAUGGGGAGCCAGGAAUUAUGGUCCAAGCUUUAAAUGACUUGUUCUUAGAGAUGCGACAAAAUACAGACAAAACAUUUAAAGUCACUAUGUCGUACCUAGAGAUCUACAAUGAAAUGAUUCGAGAUCUUUUGAACCCUGACUCUGGGUUUUUAGAGUUGCGAGAAGAUGCCAAGGGCAGUGUUCAGGUCGCAGGGAUAUCUGAGGUCACGGCCAGGUCAACAGAGGAGGUUAUGAACAUGCUGGUGAAAGGGAACUUAGAGAGGACCCAGGAGCCAACAGCAGCAAACGCCACUUCCUCCAGGUCACAUGCCAUCCUGCAGGUCACGGUCAAGCAGAGAAAUCGUGUGCGGAACGUCAUGCAGGAGGUGCGGACAGGCCGUCUGUUUUUGGUGGAUUUGGCAGGUUCGGAAAGGGCAGCUAACACACAUAACAGGGGGAAGAGAAUGGUGGAGGGAGCCCAUAUCAACCGCUCUCUUUUGGCCCUUGGCAACUGUAUCAAUGCUUUAAGUGAUAAAAAUGGACCAAAGUACAUUAAUUAUCGAGACAGUAAAUUGACACGGCUGCUUAAAGAUGCACUUGGUGGCAAUUGUCGAACAGUCAUGAUAGCACACAUCAGCCCAGCCAGCACACAGUUUGAGGAGUCGCGCAACACACUUGUGUACGCUGACAGGGCGAAACACAUCAAAACAAAGGUGAGGAGAAACGUGACAGAUGUGGCCUACCACAUUGCCCAGUACUCCAACAUCAUCUCAGAGUUGAGGGACGAGAUCAUGCGACUCAGGAGCAAGUUGACUGAACAGACCCAGUACAAGCACUCAGUGGCCAACAUUCAGGCCGUCCAAUCUGAGGUUGUUGAGUCCCAAAGAAAAACUGACAAAUCUGAGCUGACACACUUUAAAGAGCAGUUGUUGACAAGUUUUAAGGACCAAAUGGAACUCAGGCGUACGCUCAUGGAACUGAACAACGCUUCGAUGGAGAUCAGUUUAGAAACCAACAGGAACCAGCUGGUCAUCAGCGAGUAUCAAGUGGAAAAGGGGAGACAACUAAGAAAUAGAGAAAAUACUGGGUUGACAGACAACAAAUUUACAGCAGAAGACAAAGAGAACGAGGCACCAGACAGUGACGGGGAGCCUGUGGAGGUGCAGGUGGCCAGGGACGAGCUCAAGGUUCUACACGAGGAGAAACACAAGACAGAGAGGGUUAAGACCACCAUACAGAGGGAGCUGGAGACAGCCAGAGCUAAGACGAACAAGCUACAGGAGCUGAUCCCAAUCCGCAUCAGCAAUGCUGACCAGCAGGAAAUCUUGAAGCUGCUGUGCCGCGUCCACCAGCUGGAGAUUGAGUCCCUGGAGGGUCAGUCGGCCAGACUGCUGGGAGACUUUCAGAUCCGCCACAAAGACAUGGUCAUCACCAAGUUACAUCAUUACCGCAACUUGUCCGAUGACAUCAUCAAACGACAAAAACAGAUAAUUGAAGAGCACAAACUGUACUGCCCACCUGAGCUCCAGCAGCUCUAUGAGCUGUACUCAACAGAACAAAACCACAGGCUCUUAAAGGGAGACGACAUCAGCUCAUUUUCUUCUAUAGACAAGGUUGCCUCUGUUAGCAAUCUUAAUGUGCCAUCUACACCAAAAAUAAGAGAUGAGGAUGAAGACAGCAACAAAGUUUUUACCCAGAGUGCCAAAACCAAGCAGAUCCUAAAAGCGAACAGGGUCAGUGAUAUCGGCUACCUUCAAAAUGACAUUGACAUUCAGGACCACAUACCUACCCCGACGGCCCCGUCGCGUAUAUCGUACGAAGAUCGGACAGUGAUAAACGCAAACACCCGCAGCAUAGCAGCUUUGGCAGCAAAGAAGAGAAACCAGGCCAGCAUCGCGAGUGGGGCCACGGAUAAGUUUGGUGUCCGGCCCUUAUACCGGCCGCAGGUGCAAGUGGACGAUGAUGAUUUUGAUGACUUCGGCACCAAGCUGACGCCCAGCCGUUUGGCUCAACACAACAGGAACAUGGGGGACGGGGUGUACAAUUUUUCUGGGGGCGAGGAGCUAGGGGAGAGAAUCAGUGUCAUCACAGACCCUAAUUUACCUCCCCUGCGCACCAUUGGGUCAGUGGGCAGCAGACAAAUACAGGAACAGGAAGAGGCCAGACGCAGGGCAGUCCGCUAUACAGGAAACAAUAAUGGCAGUUACCUUGAGAAAUCUCGGCACCAGUCGAGGAAGUUGUCUGAACAGAGGAACAGGAACCUGCAGAGGAGGAACAACAACAACAACCACAACAACCACAACAACAACAUCAAUUAUUACAACGGCUCAAACAGACUGUUUCUAGAUGACACGUCCACAGUGAGGUCCAGCACACCUAACACUGUGACCUCUGACCUGAAUAGACGGACCAGUCAAAACACAAACACCGUGACCUCUGACCCGAACAGACGGACCAGUCACAACACAAACAUACUGAAGAAGAAUAAAAAAAAGCUCCCAACUUCCAGCCAAUCAGAAUCCUCCAAUGGUGGCACCAAUCAACCAGAGAGAAGAAUACCUCAGGUCCUUCCCACAAUCCCUCAGUACAGGAAAGGGGACAUAACUGUCACAGGAACUGCCACCAAUGCUGCCAGGUACUGAAGCAAAUCCUGUACACUUUAAUAUUGGAACAUGAAUGUUAUACUGGUGGGCUGUCCACCUUUGUUUUGUACCACUGUGACAAUCCACUUGUAUUUGUAUUUCGGUGGAUAAGAAAAAAAUAAAACUUAAAUUUAUAGGUUCAUUAUGCUAAUUAUCCAUCUUAUUAUUAUGUCCACUGUUUGUCUAUGUAGAUGAUUAUUUAUAAUUAUAAUAUAAUCAACAAUGGGACUCCAUUAUAACUUUUUCUUAUCAAAGUAAAAUAAUAUAUUGCACGACUAAGCUGUGCAACUUUUACAUAGCAAUAAAAAAAACAGUUGAUAUAUUAAAGAGCAGUAAAAAAACAUUAUUUACUAAACAACUGUUGCCCUAAAUUAAUGUUUAACAACUAAACCAGUUUGUUAUAAAGGAGUCCCCAAGCAUUUUAAAAUCUGUCUCAGUCACCAACUCAUGGAUCUUUUUUUGUCUUGACCUUUCACCUUUUUACUAUUGAAUCAAAACCACUACAAUAUAUUUUACUUACAAAUGUUUUAUUUCAGCCUAGCUUGACUGUCAUAAGAAAAUAAUUGUUUCAAAUAUUUAUUUGAUCCAAACUUUUCCAAAUGUUUUACCUGUUGCUUACAACUGCGACUCAUAAAGCUUUGUUAAUCUCAUCUACCAUUUUUCAAUUUGCCAAUCAAUGCUUUAUUUGCCAGAUGCCCACAUCUCAUUACUUGUGUGCUAAUUCCUAUCCCCAAAACCCCACAAACAUAUAUGGAUGUUCCCAUGUCCAUCCAACAGCUCCCCCAUUAUCCAUUUCCCCAUCCACCAGUUCCCCCAUAAUCCAUUUCCCCAUCCAC